CCCGGUUAAGGAAAAUGGGCUGGGCUUCAGGGAUCUUUUCACUAUUCAAAAAUGUUUUUAUCUUAAAUGUAUGUGGAAGGCUGCCCAUAAAAUUGGGUUUUGGGGGCUUUGGUACUCUACCCUUAAUAAUCCCACCAAAUCUUACAUUUGGAAAGGUUUGACUACUGUGAAGCAUAUUUUUGAUAAUAGGGAAAACUGUCAAAUAGAUCCUCAUACUAUUCUAAAAAAGUUAAUUAAGUCAUCCUACUUUGAAAACACUCAAUCAAAUCCUCAUACUAUUAAAAAAUGUUCAGUUAUGCCAUUUUGCUGGUAACUAACCGGUUCUCCCGGUUACUUUCACAGUGGUGGCCUACGUGGAAAUUUACGUGACAAUUAAAUUCAUUUAAUCUUUCCUUUUUUUUUUUUUUUUUUUUUUCAUUUUGUCUUUUAUUGUAUUCUAUUCUCCAUUCUUGUACGAUAGAAUCAUAUCCAUAUGCGGCUAUGCCCAACUACUUCACCGGCUCACCGCCAUCGUGUUCUCUGCAACGAGCUGGCUGAAGCCCGUUAGCCACCAGCACACCCUUGACGCCGGCCACCAGCACACCCCUGACGGCAAUUCCGAUUUUUUCUUUCUCUCCCAUUUUCUUCCUCUGGAUCUGUUCUUUCUCUUUCAUUUUCUUUCGCAUAACAGACAAAAGCAGAGAUUGG